AUGGAAAAGCCAAAGAUGCCUAAAUUUACCGGAGACGUAAGAGAUUAUGCCAUUUUUCGCGCCGAUUUUAAGCACGCGAUAGAAUCGAAAUACAGCAAAAGAGAUGCAAUAACUUUUCUUCGCACAUGUCUGCAAGAUAAACCAUUAGAGUUAAUCAAAGGGAUAGGUUCGGACUAUAAGGCAGCGUGGGAUUAUUUGGACUCUAUUUACGGAGAUCCAAGAUUCGUGUCCGACACCAUCACGCAAGACAUAGUAAAGUUUAGAGCUCUGCAACCAGGAGAAGAUGCAAGAUUUUGCGACUUAGUCCAUUUGGUUAAACGAAGCUUCAACACUCUGAAGGAAGUCGGAAGUCAAAAUGACAUGGACAACAGUCACAUGCUAUCUAUCAUUGAGCAAAAAAUGUGUUCGGAUGAUCGAAAGGUUUGGUCACGAGACUUGGAGCGUCAGGGAGAAAAAGCAACUUUAGAGCGACUGAUGAAGUGGAUGGACGUAGAGAUGAAAUCACGUAUGCGUGCUACUGCUCCAUUGAGAUCUAGCAGAUCAGUCUAUGCCUUGCAAGUCGAAGCUCCCAACCAGAAGUGGUACAAAUGCUGGUACUGUAAAAACUCGUCCCAUUGGCCAGAUACAUGCCCUAAAUUCGCUGCCCUCGGUAUCGACCAACGUAUAAAAGUCGCCAAAGAAAACCAUGUGUGCUUUAGUUGCAUGAAAGCAGCCGGAAGAGAACACCGAGUUGACAACUGUAGGAGACGUAGAAAGUGUACGAAAACCGAGAACGGAAGGGAAUGCAUGCAUUUUCAUCACCCGUUGCUUCACAAGAGCACCGCAGUCAAAGUUGGCGUCGCGUCACUCUCCGAGCCACAUGAAACUCUUUUGCCGGUGGUAACAUGCAAGAUUUACGGUCAAAAUGGGUUCCAAAAGCAAAGCAACACUCUCCUUGACUCGGGAGCGCAGAUCAGCCUAAUCCGCGAAGAAACAGCAGCUGCACUGGGACUCAAAGGAAACGACACCGCCGUAACACUUACGAAAGUGGGAGGAGAAGAGGAGACGAUCAAGACCAAAGUUUACAAAGUUCCUGUAUCAUCAAUUGACAACACCGAGAUGUUCUCAAUCAAGGCAAUUGGAAUUCCGCGCAUUAGUGAGGAAGUGUCAGCAGUCCAGCUUAGACCGAUCGCCAAGCUUCUUGGACUGGAGAGCGAAAGGAUACGCAGAGGCAAUGGUCCUGUCGAUUUACUAAUAGGAAUCGACCACGCCCAGAUGCAUACUGGACAGACCAGGCAAACUGGACAGCUAGUUGCAAGAAGAACACCUCUAGGAUAG